AUGUAUUCAAAUAGUAAUAAUAAAGAUGAAGAUAUAAAAUAUAAAAGAAAUGAUAUGGAUGUAUUUUCAUUAUUGGAAUCUAUAGAGAACGAUUCAUCACGAUUAAUUUUUAAAAAUUCAAAUGGAUUAUCGUCAUCAGGGACAACUUUGUAUAGACCACCAAUAGAAGAUUUUGAAGAAGAGAUAAAUUUAAAAGAACAAGAGCAAAAAUUAAUCGAGUUACGUAAUGAAUUGGCAAAUACAUUAAAUAGUUCUUCAUCAUCCUCUUCCUCAGCAUCUAUACAGGGAAAUAAUGCGGUUUCAAAUGAUAAUAAUAGUAAUAAUAAUGAUAGUGAUAAUAAUAUAGAUAUAAAUAAUGGUGAUGAUAAAUUAAUAAUAGAUAAUAAUAGUUGUAGUAGCAGUAAUAUAGGGAACACUACAGAAAUAGAUAACACAGAAAAUAAAAUUAUAAAUAACACAGAAAAAUCAUCCUCCUCGUCAUCCUCAAGUAGUAAUAUUAAUAUACUUCCUGUAAAUUUAACACCAAAAAAACCAAAUCUUUAUAUAAAUACAAACUUUUCAAAUAAUGACGAUGAAGAAAAAAUAGUUCAAAUUUCUGGGCCAUCAACUCCUCCAAUACCUUUAGAUUCACCAUUAAAUUUUGCUUCAUUAGAAUCAUUUGGCCAAAAACAACCAGAGUUAAUAAAAGAGCAACCACAAUUAGAAGAAAAUAAAAACAAUAGUAGUGAAAUUAAGAACAAUAGUAAUAUUAUAAUUACAGUAAACGAUAGUGAUAGUGAUAAUGUAACAGCAAUAACAACAACCACAACUAUAAUACCAAAACCAACUUUAUCAACUCCAACAACUCCAUCAUCUACUAUAAGGGUUAAUGGUAUUGGUACAACACCUGGGCGAUCAUCAAGUAGCGGUUUAAUUAAUCAUAAAAAAUAUGAUGAAACAAUAGAUCCAAGUUUCUUUUUAAGUACAGCAAGCAUUGGUCUUAAUCGUUUAAGAAGCAGUACUGGUGGUAGUUUAAGUAAUAGUGGUAAUGUUAGUCCAUCAGGCCCAACUCCAAUUUUAGCAACAUUAUUUCAAAAACAUAACUCGAAAACAGAUAUAUUAAAAGGGUCAUCAGAUUCAAUAAAUAAUGGUGGUAAUAAUAUAGUUAAUAAUAAUAAUACUAAUAAUAGUGGUUCAAAUAGUUUAAAUAGUAGUAAUGGAAUAGUAUUAAAUAAUAAUAAUAAUAAUAAUAACAACAACAACAACAAUAAUAAUAAUACUGUUAUAAAUAAUGGUUAUGGUAGUUUAGGAAAAAAUAAUAAUAUAAAUAAUAAUAUAAAUAAUAAUAAUAGUAGUAUAAAUGAUUUAUCGGAGCAAGUUUUAUUAGCAAAUAUGGAUAACCCAUUUAGUAGUAUUCCAGGAAGAAUAAAGAAAAAUCUGGAUACUAGACGUGGUGCAACUAUAGCAAAUCCUCAACAACUUACCAGUUUAAUUAGAUCAGGUAAUACAGCAAAGCUUCAAAAGUUUUUUGGUUUAGAAAAAGAGGAUAUUUUGGCCUUAAAUCUUAUGCAACAACAACAGCAACAAAACCAGCAACACCAAAGUCAGCAACAACAAUAUCAUCGUAGUAGUCACAGUAGUGGUGGAUCAUCACCAAUUAGUAUUUCGAGUAGUUCAUCACCAUUAUCGGCAUCACCAAACGCCUCUCCACCAUCAUCUCCAAUGUUAUCCUCAUCGCCCUCAUCAUGGAUUUCAGGUACUUCACCAGCACGUAAAAUAAGAGGAAGAUCUUCAACAUCCGGUAGCUUUGUAGAGAACCUCCCAAGAAUUCCAAAUAUUCCAAAUAUUUCAAAUAUUGGAGGUGGUCAAUAUAAUACUACUCCACCACUUUUACCAUCACAAACUGAACAUACUAAAUCUCCAAAAGAUUAUCACAAAAAACCAAAACAAUUAAUUGCUAAGCUCUUAAAGAAUAACUCGAUGUAUAUAGAAAAAGAAAAAGAAAAAGAAAGAGAACGAGAAAGAGAAAGGGAAAGAGAGAAAGAAAAAGAAAGGGAAAGAGAGAGAGAAAGAGAGAAAGAAAGGGAAAGGGAAAAAGAAAGUAAAAUAGAUAUCAAAUAUUUAGCAUCAGGUCAAUUAUAUCUAGAUAACAAUUAUAACAGUCAUCAUAAUAAUAGUGGAAAUAAUACAGCAUCAUCAUCACCAACUUCAAAUCAAUUAGCCGAUGGCAGUUUUGUUUUAUCAGCAAGUUCAAAAGAAUCAUUGGGUGCCUUAAUGAAAGAUCGUCCAGCUUAUGAAAUGUUCAAAAUCUUCCUUAACAAAGAGAAUCGUUUAUCUAAUAUACUAUUUGUCGAAGAAGUCGAAAUUUUUCAAACUGGUGUUUUCAAUAAUGAUCAAUCUGUUCAAGAGGAAAUGGAACGUAUUUUCUAUAAGUUUGUUUCUGAAGGUUCAGAUUUCGAUAUUAAUAUUCCAAAACGUUAUUUCUACCAAAUUAAUCAUCAUAUCAAAGAAAAGAUCCCCAACAAAUAUGUCUAUGAAAAAGUUUUAAAGGUUAUUAAAGAUGAAAUUUCCUCAGAUUCAUUCAAACGUUUCUGCUCAAUGAAUGGGAAUAAUAGUGUUAGUUCACCAUUAUCUGUUGUAAAUAGAGUUCCAAGUCAUAGUAUACUUCGUCAUAAUUCAAUUAGUCGUAAAUCUCCACAUCAUUCAAAUUCUCCUUCUCCAUCAUCAUCACCACCUGAUUCUUACACUACAAAUCAACCAAUUAUUUAUAAUGGUUCACCAAAUUCAUCACCUCAAUCUGAUAACACAAACAUUGGUAAUAAUAAUAAUAAUAAUAAUAAUGGUCACUAUCACCACCAUCACCAUCAUCAUAAUAGUAAUCCACCAAAUUUAAAUCUUUCAACUGGUUUUAAUAGUCCCCCACCAUCACAUAUAUCAUCACCACCAUUAUCACCACGUCUUUCAAUGAUAAGACCACAUUUCCUAAAAGAUUUAAAAACACUUCAAAAUACAAUUUCACAAGAACAAGAACUUUUAACUGAAACAUUAGAUGAAUUAAUACCCUAUGGUGUUGCAUUUGGAUUCAAAAGAGGUUCAUGUAAACCACCAUGCGAUUGUCUUGCCUACCAAUCUGAGGGAGAUAAAGGUGGUGCCUGUUUAAAUUGUGGCCAUUAUCCUGCAGUUCAUAAAAAUUUAGGAAAAAUUAAUCCAAGUGAAAAUAAUAUUAUUUUAAAUCAAAAUAGCGGUAUAAAUAACAAUAAUAGUUAUAGUAAUAGUAAUAAUAAUAAUAAUAUUAUUAUAAAUAAUAAUCAUAAUAAUAAUAAUAAUAAUAAUAAUAAUAAUAAUAAUAAUAAUAAUAGUAUAAAUAAUAAUUUAGAACAAAUUGGUUUAUUACCAAGCACAUUUUUAUCAUCAAAUUCAUCGAAUAAGAGCGCCUCAUCAUCCAAUCAUUUUGGAAAUGAUGGAUCAUUUUUUAAUAAUAACCCUGUAAAUAUAAAUUCUAACAAUCAAAAUUUAUCCAAUAAUCUAAAUAAUAAUGUAAUACCAACAAUUCCAAUAAUAACACAUACAUUACCAACAUCAACAAACAAUACAUCAGCUUUAACAACACCAACUAUAACUUCAUCAAACCCACUUUCAUUUUCAGAUAUUGUAAAUAGCAAUAGUUUUAUGAACCAAACCACCUCACCAAUCAGUUAUAGUACAGGUACAGGUACAGAAAUUUCAAUACCACCACCACCAAUCAUUACAACAACACAGUCAUCCGCAAGUUUAUUUAAUGAUAGUCCAUUAUCAUCACCAAAACGUAUGCAUUUCCAUAGUGGUCUUGGAAAUGGUGAUCUUAAAUCAACUGGUUCACAAAAUGACUCGCUUGCAAUUUUACAAAAAUUAAUUUCAAAUGGUGGUUCAUUAAAAAAUGCAAUUUCUAGCUUUAAUAAUAACCGUAAUUCAGUUUUAUUAACUUCCAAUAGCAAUAAUAAUGAAGCCAACAGUGAUAUUAGAGAGGAAAUUAAUGAACUAAAUGAAAAUAUAAAAAAUUUAAAUUAUGAUCCACUUAAAGAACCAUAUCAACAAGAAGAAAGCUUUACCCCAAGUACAAAUAAUAAUAACAAUAACAAUAACAAUAAUAAUAAUAAUUUGAAUAAUAAUAACUAUAGUAAUGGUUUAAAUGUAAAUAGUAUAAAUAAUUCAAAUUCAAGAUCAUUUAGAGGCAACAAUCCAACUAUUAGCCAAGAAUUAGAUACCAAAGUUUUAAUGAAUUUCAAUAAUUGGGCAAUUGAUGGAGAGGAAAUUGUAUUCUUUAAUAAGCUUGGUGAAGGUACGUCAGCAAAAGUAUAUAAAGCAACAUGGCGUAAUCAAGAGGUUGCUGUUAAAGUAUUACGUUCAGAACCAGAAUCACAAAAGUUAUUAGAUUUCCUUAAAGAAUUAGAAAUUAUGUCAUCUUUAAGAUCACCACAUGUUGUAUAUUUCUAUGGUAUGGUAUUAGACCCAAAGAUUUGUAUGAUUAUGGAAUACUGUUCAAACCAAACACUUUACCAUUUAAUGCAUCUACAAAUGAACUUUACAUGGGACUGGGUAUUUAAAUUUGCAAUCGAAAUGGUCAGAGGUAUUAACUGUUUACAUAGCUGGAAACCAGUUAUUGUCCAUCGUGAUCUCAAAUCUUUAAACCUCUUAGUAUCUGAUAAUUGGACCAUUAAAGUUGCCGAUUUUGGUCUUAGUCGUUUUGCAACCGCAAAAUCAUCAUCAAGAACUACCCGUGGUACCUUUGCAUAUUGUGCACCUGAAGUAUUUUAUGGUAUUCAUACAACAAAAGGUGAUAUUUUUUCAAUUGGUAUUAUUUUGUGGGAAUUGGUUGUUAGAUGUAUUAAAUCAAAAUAUGAAAAACCAUUUUCAGAGUAUAAGCAUAUUCACUAUGAUUUCCAAAUACUUGUACAGACAUCAAAAUACAAUAUAAGACCAACAAUACCUCAAAAUUGUCCAGAAUCAUUUAUAAAUUUAAUAUCUAGCUGUUGGGAUAGUAAUCCAGAGAAUCGUCCAAAUUGCCCCGAAAUUUUAGACUCAUUACUCGAAAUGGAAAAGAAAUAUACAGAAAACAAAAGAAAAUGGGAAAAAAUAAGAGAAAAGCUAAAGAAAUAA